AAUUUAGUCCAAUUUCUUUGUACAUUUUAAGUGUAUUUAUUUUAUUGCCAUUUAAUAUAUUAAUUAUUCUUAAAACAUUUUAGGCAAAUUCACUUGUAUUUUCUUUCUAUAUCAAUUUAUACUUUUCAUAUGAGUUUUAAAAGCCCCACGAACAAGUUUGCAUUUUUCUCAAGUUUUCUAUUAAUUUGUUUAAAAUUUACAUGGACAAAGAUAUAUAUUGCAAGUGAAGAAUUUUUUGGAGUUUGAUGGAGGAAAGGGAUGGUAUCGGCAAUUUGGAAAAAGUUAAGCAGAGAGAGAGAGAGAGAGGCAAGAAUGGAAAAAGAAGGAAUGGCAGCGUAAGAAAAUAAAGAGAGAAAGAGGGGCAACGGAGAAAAAAGAAUGACAGAAGUCAUAAUCAAGAAGACCCAGAUUGUCUCCUGAAAAGUGGAUCUUCUCACGUUGUCAAUGUUCAACGGCUCUUCAACCGAAGUAAGCACCAAGCAGCAGAUAAAGCAUAGCCAUAGCUAAGCAAGCUCUCUUCACCAAAUUAAAAAAAAAAAAAAAAAAAAGAGGGAGAGAAUUCUUUUUCAUAUUUUAUUUUACUAGCUGUUGUAUAAUUUCUUUUUUAUGUUUAUUUUUUGAGUUUUACUGCACGCCAUAAUCAACAACAACCCCCAACCGACUCUUUCUUUCUCCUCUCUGAUCCUUUUCUUAUUUUUUUUCUCUCUUAUCUGUUUGAAGCUUUGAAGCCCUGGAAAAAGAUUUCCACCCAAAAUAGUUUUCAGGGUCUUCAGUUUUCUGCAUGGCUUCCAUUUUUACAUUUGCUUUAACCUUUGGUUUAUCAACAAACCAACUUCUAUUGAUUUAGCUUUCUGCCUUUUUUUUUUUUUAAAUAAAAAAGGAAAUUUCAUUGAAUGGGUUCCUGCCGUCCACCCUUGUCCUUUUCGUUUGAUUUUUGAGUUGAGGCUUUGAGAUUUUGUAAGAACGAAAAAGGGGUUGCUUUAUCAUCUUAGGAAAACGAAGACAGGAAAAAGCUUCAUUUUUGAGCUACAAUACUUCUGUUUUUGUUUUACUUUCGUCGAGUUUUUCUGUUUCAAAAUACAAGGGUUUAAUUCCAAUUAUGACGCUUGUAGUUUGAAUUAUAGAGAUACUAGCAGAUAUGUUUUCAUAAUCAUAACCCAUAAAUUUUAGCAUUUUCGAAAUGUAGCUAGAUGUGAAACCUUCAUUCAAUUUCCAAGUUCAAAACUUCAAGCAUUGGGCUCACGUUUAAAACAAACAUUUUUUGCCACAAAAUCUGGGCAGUGCUUUCUUUCUUUUUUUUCUUCUUUUCAGUUCUUCAUUGGGUUGAUUUGACAAUUUUCUUUCAGUUUUAGUGCUAACCCAUGAAGAAUUUUUACUGGUUUAAGCAAAUCUCAAACAAUGUUAGGUCAGAGAGGAGGCUUUCACUUGGAGAAUACAGAAGAGCAGUUUCUUGGUCCAAGUAUUUGGUUUCCUCUGGUGCUGAGAUAAAAGGAGAAGGAGAAGAAGAAUGGAGUGCUGACAUGUCACAGUUGUUUAUUGGCAACAAGUUUGCUUCAGGUAGACAUAGUAGGAUUUACAGAGGGAUAUAUAAACAGAGGGAUGUGGCGAUUAAACUUAUAAGCCAGCCUGAGGAGGAUGAGAAUUUGGCUAACUAUCUUGAGAAGCAGUUCAUUUCUGAGGUGGCUUUGCUUUUUCAUUUGAGGCAUCCCAAUAUUAUUACUUUCGUUGCAGCCUGUAAGAAGCCACCUGUGUUCUGCAUAAUAACUGAGUAUCUUGCUGGUGGCUCAUUAAAAAAGUACCUGCAUCAGCAGGAGCCAUAUUCAGUCCCACUUAACUUAGUUCUAAAACUAGCUCUUGACAUUGCACGUGGGAUGCAGUACCUUCAUUCACAAGGAAUACUUCACAGGGAUCUCAAAUCAGAAAAUUUACUCCUCGGAGAAGAUAUGUGUGUGAAGGUGGCAGAUUUUGGUAUCUCGUGCUUGGAAUCUCAGUGCGGUAGUGCAAAGGGAUUUACAGGUACAUAUCGUUGGAUGGCACCUGAAAUGAUUAAAGAGAAACACCAUACAAAGAAAGUUGAUGUUUACAGUUUUGGUAUAGUCCUCUGGGAGCUUUUAACAGCUCUGACACCAUUUGACAACAUGACUCCAGAACAAGCUGCAUUUGCAGUCUGCCAAAAGAAUGCUAGACCGCUGCUACCCUCCUCAUGUCCUCUUGCAUUUAGUCAUCUCGUCAACCGAUGCUGGUCAAGCAAUCCAGACAAACGACCACAGUUUGAUGAGAUAGUUUCGAUUUUGGAAAGUUAUGCAGAGUCCCUUGAAGAGGAUCCGGAAUUUUUUUCAAAUUAUAAGCCUUCUCCAGAUCAUACUAUUUUGAGAUGCCUACCAAAAUGUAUUGCUGGACAUUAUUGAUCUGCUGCUUUUAAACCUAAGAUGUCUUCUUAAAUGAUGUGUGAUGCUAAGUGUACCGUAUUCUUUACUUGUUCAGGUAGGUUCAGACGAUAAAUUGAACUUUAUAUAUAUAUUGGAACUGAAGUAGUUCCGUUGAUCGGUAUUUUUAUGCUUAUUUGCGGCAUUUCCCUUCUUCAAAUUUUAUGCGACAAUAUGAAUUCGUUCAACCAGAAAUGCAAUUUCCCUACCACCGAAUCAAUUAUUGUGAAUGCGUAAUUUCCGCUUUCACAGCAGUAAAGAAAAGGUGUGUUUUAGAUUUGGUUCGAAAGGACGUGGGUUCAAACUUCAAAUCUCACAGCUGUCAA